AAUGCAAACAAAAAAGUUUUCAAAUGCCUUUUUUGUUGGUGAGGCCGUUAAAAGGUUAAACCUGCUUCUGUCAAUAUUUGCUGUUAGACUGGAAUUCCUCCUCUUCUGCUUUAUCUGGAGGAGCGCUAAAAUGUUGUGUGUCAGAUGAGAGCUCUUUAAUAUCGUCAACUCAGGCAUUUUCUCACAGAGAUUUCUUUGAAUUUUACAGCAUUAUGAAGAAGCUGUUGCUGUUUUUUAUCUUCUUGUUAAGUUUAAAUGGUGUGUUUGGUGAUGCAGUGAAUUCAGUCUCAGUGAUGGAGGGAGAUUCUGUUACUCUAAACACUGAUAUUACUGACAUACAAAGAGAUGAUGUUAUCUGGUUAUAUGGAGGUUCUGUUAUUGGCAGGUUGGAUGGAGAAACAAACUCAUUGAAUGAUGUUGAUGGGAUAUUUGAAGACAGACUUCAAUUGGACACUCAGACUGGAUCUCUCACUAUCAACAAUGUCAGAACCAAACAAUCUGGACUUUAUCAAGUAACCAUCAAUGGCAGUAAGACUUUAACCAAAACAUUCAGUCUUACUGUACAAGAUGUAUUUAUUGCUGGAGUAGAAAACAAAAGAGAAGGAGAAUAUGUCACUCUAAACACCGGAGUGACUGAAAUAAAGAAACACAAUCGAAUGCUGUGGUGGUUUGGACCUUCAAAUCCAGAAUUUCUUCUAGCUGAAAUCAUCAUAAAUGAUAACAUCUCAUAUGAUUUUAAUGAGAGAUACAGAGACAGACUUCAUGUGGAUCAUCAGACUGGAUCUCUCACCAUCAGAGAUCUCAAAACUACAGACACAGGAGUUUAUCAACUACAGAUCUCCAACAUCAAAGAGACCAUAUACAAGAGAUACAAUGUGUUCGUGGCCGCUGCAGAACCAGGACUGUCUGCAUUAUAUAUAGGACUGAUAUGUGCUGCUGUCCUGUUGCUUAUACUGGCAGCUAUACUGGCUGUAGCUAUUCCAUAUCAUCGGAAAUACUCUCAUCUCAAAGUUGAAAUGAAGACCAUGUCAGUGAAUGAGGAAAAUUCUGCCACUAGGAGGUGGGAAGAGGACAAAAUAAAUGUCACAGAAGGAGAGUCUGUUGAACUACAGAGCGGCAUUUCUGAACUACAGGAUGAUGAUCAGAUACAGUGGAGAUCUGAAGCUAAAGAUGCCAUCAUAGCUGUAAGAAAUGGAAAGACUGAUGAAAACUGUGAGAUGUUCAAAAACAGACUGAUGCUGAACCAUCAGACCGGAUCUCUCACCAUCACAAACAUUAAACACUCAGACGCUGGAGUUUAUGAACUACAGAUUAAGAACAAAAAUACAACUUCAUACAAGAAAUUCAAUGUUCUCGUCUGGUUCAAUACAUUAAAACAUACAGUGGGUGAUUCUGUCACUUUACACACUCGAGUCUCCGAGUUAAAGGAAGAUCAUCAGAUACUGUGGACGUUUGGAAAUAAAAACACUCCUAUAGCUGAAAUCAACCGAGCCAGCGGUAAGACUCAGAUGUUUGUAUAUGAUGGUAAUGAUGAGAGAUUCAUAGACAGACUGACACUGAAUGAACAGAAUGGAGAUCUGACCAUCACAAACAUCAUGAGAGGACAUUCAGAUGUUUAUAAACUGCAGAUCAACAGCAGAUCAGACAGCACCUACAGGAGUUUCAUGCUUAUCGUAAACGAGAAAUGGACAGAAAUGUCAGUGAAGGAGGGAGGAUCUCUCAAGCUACCCACUGAUCUUACUGAUAUACAGAAUGAUGAUCUGAUAUUGUGGAUGUUCGGACCUGAAGACAGUCUCAUAGCUACAGUUUAUAAGAGAAAGAAGAUGCAUUUGUUGCUACCUUUUGUAAUUGAUGAGAAGAAGGUUUAUGAUGGUCCUGAUGAGAGAUUCAAAGACAAACUACAGCUGGAUCAGAACGGAUCUCUCAGCAUCAAAGGCAUUAACAGUAAACUCACAGGACUUUAUCGACUACAGAUCAUCAGGAACGGAGAAAACAGAUUUAAGAAAUUCAGAGUUUCUCUUUGUGCUAAUCGAGAAACAGAUUGUGCUGAAGAUCUUAAAGAGGUGGUGUCAGAGGGGAUUCCUUUACUUCCCGUACAAACCUCACAACGGCAGUAGUAUGUUGUCUGUUUAUUCAACAUUAUGUAAAAUGCACACUUGUUAUACAACAGAGAACGUUUAACCCUUUCAUUCAUUUGCCAGUAUACUGUAAUCAAAACAU